AUGUCAAUUCCUAGUGGCGCUCGUGGUUUGGGCAACUACAUGGCGCGUGCCUGCGCUGAGGCUGGUGCCAAAGCUCUUGUCAUUUUUGACGCCAACCAGGAGUUGGGAGAUGAAGCUGCUGCAGAGCUGCACCAGAAGACUGGCUUGCCCGUUACCUUCUUUAAGGUAGAUGUUCGUGACGGUGCCGCCAUUAACGCUGCGGUCGAUUCCGUUGUUGAGCUCUACGGUGCUCCUGAUGUUCUUGUCAACUCUGCCGGUAUCGCCGACUCCAACAUCAAGGCCGAGACCUACGACCCCGCCAUGUUCCGUCGCCUCAUCGACAUCAAUCUGACGGGUUCCUUCCUGAUGUCCCAGUCUGUUGGUCGUGCCAUGAUGAAGGCUGGCAAGCCUGGCUCCAUCAUCCUGGUCGCCUCCAUGUCUGGUAGCAUCGUCAACUAUCCCCAGGAGCAGUCUUGCUACAACGCCUCCAAGGCUGGCGUUAUCCAAUUCGGCAAGUCUCUUGCUGCUGAGUGGGCCAAGUACAACAUCCGCGUCAACUGUAUCUCCCCCGGAUACAUGGACACUGCCCUCAACCGUGUCCCUGCCCUUGAUGCCCAGAAGAAGAUCUGGAAGUCGCUCACUCCCCAGGACCGUCUUGGUAAUGUCGACGACCUCAACGGUCUCUGCGUUUUCCUGGCUAGUGACGCCUCCAGCUUCAUGACUGGUUCUAACGUCAUCAUUGACGGAGGUUACACUUGCUACUAA